AAAUUCUAUAGAACAUCAAUCUGAAGAAUCUAUUUCAAAUACUGAAAUAUCCAAUGAUCAACAACAACAAACAUCAAAUGAUAUAAUAUCAUCAUUUAAAAAUGAUCUUAAAGAUAUUGAAACACGUUUAUGUCUUGGUUCAUUAGGUGGUUUUAUUGUAAAUGAUAAUCUUAUUGAAUGGCAAAAUAAAUUAAAACAAUCUAUUGAACGUAAUGAUUUAGGUGAAUUACUUAUACAAUUACAACAAACUGUACCAGAUAAAUAUGCAUCAAAAAUAUUUAAUGAAGUAAAUCAAUUAGAUCAAUAUGAAGAUGUUCAACAACAAGAAGAAAUUCUAUCGGAUUUAUUAGAUAAACAUGGACAAUUUCAUUGA